AGCGCCGACCGGGCAAAGCGAGUUUCUCGCACGGCGUUUGCACGGCGCGUCCACCCGUUCAUAACUGCGCGCUGCGACGCCGACGCUGCAGCGCCGCGGCGCCUUGGCAGAGUUAACAGGCAGGCUGUGAGCUCAUCUUGGCAUUGCAGUGCCGACCGCGCGCCGCGAAGGGGCCACAGCAGCAGAUGGACCGGAAGACCAAGUCCUACGAGUCCGAGGACGGCUCGCCGCGGCGCGGCAGCGACCCCUCGAACAGCGCCGAGGACCAGGCCCUCGUGAAUUUGAUCACGCAGACGGCGAAGAAGUCCAGUUACAACAACUCGAAGAAGGACCUCGUGAAGGACGAGAAGCCGGCGCCGCCGCCGCCGAAGAGAAGUGGAUGCUGCGGCGGUGUCAGUGACGUCGUGGAGCCAAAGCCGGACGAGGAGGAACGGGGCGUGCUGAAGGACCCCCAAUCUUCAGCGUCGUAUGAUGUACUAGGCAUGGUCGGCGAGGGUGGGUUCUCCAAAGUCGUGUUGGUGCGCGCCAGAGCCGGCCACGGGGCGAAUGGAGAGGUCUAUGCCGCUAAAAUCAUCCCCAAGGCCCACCUGAAAUCGGCUGGCGCUUCGUUCGUGCGAGCGACCAUGCUGGAGCGCAAUAUAUUGGGCGAGUUCGACCACCCUUUGUUACUGAGAUUGUACCACUCGUUCCAGGAGAGGGACAAGUUGGUACUCGUAGUAGCUUAUUGUCCUGGUGGCUCGCUGCACACGCACGUGAACAUAUCAUUGAAGGAGGACGGGCGGGGCUUCGACGAGCAUCGGGCCGCGUUUUACGUUGCUGAGAUUGCGCAAGCGAUUGCCCAUUUACAUUCUCAUGGUAUUGUCCACAGAGAUCUCAAACUCGAAAACGUCUUGGUCCACGCCUCGGGCCACGUGGCCGUUUCUGACUUCGGCGCUUCCAAACGCUUGGCACCUCGACCGCUCAAGGAUUGUCGCGCGGGCAACCAGGACGUGCCCGAGAGACUACCAGACAAGACGCGGGUCGCCAUGGGGCUCCGGCCCGUCCAGACCGAGCCGCCCGCUCCAUUAUUGACGCAGACGAAGUCCAUCGUUGGGACUCCCGCGUAUAUGGCGCCCGAGAUGUUACUCGUUUGAUGCAGUGUCUCUUCACGGUGCCAAAGAACUGUGAUGUCCGGAGAAUUUCAUCGUCGAUCGACUCCUUAUGGAAGUGGGGACCUGUUUCUAAGCCUCCCUCUGAGUUCAUGAGACUCGCAUGUGGCGACCGCGUCGGUCGCGACCGUUCUCACCAUACGUAACACACAGGCCCAGCCCUACGACUUCGCCGUCGACUGGUGGGCCCUCGGGGUCCUCUUCUUCACGAUGCUCAAGGGUAGACUGCCCUUCGACGCGGCCGAGGAGGACAAGAUGCUCUGGUGACCGUGCGGCGUCCCUUGCCGCGCCGUCGCGUCGAUGGCGUCGCGUCGACGGCGUCGCGUCGAUGCCAGACGCCGUCACCGCGCCUUCCACGCAGGCGCAUCGUCAAGUCCAAGCCUAGAUACGACCCCGGCUGGCGCAAGGACACGCUCGAGGUGCUGCGGGCGCUCCUCCAGAAGCGCCCGGCGACGCGCCUGUGCACCUUGCGGGACGUGGGCAACAUGGGCCUGUACAAGGACUACGACUGGGCGAAGCUCGAGAGGUGCGAGCUCCGGCCGCCCUUCGUGCCUCGACUGCGGAACGACGAGGACCGGACCUACGUGCCGCGGCGCGUCGCGGCCCAGGAAGUCCCGGAGAAGCCGCUCGCCUACACGAAGGGCGACUCCAUGCGGAAGCUCUUCCGCAAGUUCUCGCACCGGUCGACGGUGAGCCGCGCGUCGACGGACGACAGCUCGAAGGGCCCGAAUUAGAAGACACUCUCAACUGCGUUCCGUUCGCUCCGGGUAAUGCUCAUCAUAUGA